AUGUGUCCUCGUUGCAGUAGUGUUGCUGGACGCAUGAAAGAGGGAUGCGACCGCAUUGUCUGCACCAAACCUUGUACACAAGUCUUCUGCUUCAAAUGCUCCAAAGACUGGGAACUCUGUAAAGGCAAAUGCAAAGGAGGUUCCACUGAGCUUUUGGCCGAGAAGGCCGAAGCGGAGGAUCCGAGUAUAGCUAAAGCCGUACUCAAUGGACGGAAGGAUACUAUCCAGAAAGAGAUGCAGCUUGUCGAUCAAAACAACCUGACCAAGGAGAAAUUGGAGAAGAUCAAGGAGGACUACGCAUUCUGUGUUUCGACCAUCGAUCAGGCUCUCCUGGAUGGCAGUGCAUCCUCGUAUAUCGUGAUGUCUGAUAUCCAGCGUUUGGUGGAUAACUUCAUCAUCACAUUGCACGAGGCUCGUGGGAUUCUUCUUCUGCCGAGAGAUACAUCCGAUGACACAGCGCAUACACAUGAGGAUGAAGAGAUUGAGGAAGAACCUGCGUGUUCGGAUGAGGAAGAAGAGGCCGAGGCACAACUCCGUGGAAGUAGAAAACGUGCCCCGACCGGCGAUCCAUUGCUCCACAGGCUGUUGAAGAAACCAAGACUCGAAAUGGUCGAUGACGAGGAGGACACGGAUGAUCUGGAAGCAGAUUCUGACAGUGGUGAGGACAGGGUAGCUUACGACAAUGAAGAUGAUGAAGGCGGAUUCGAUAUAGACGGAGAGGAUAGGUAUAGAUCUGAUGACGAAGGCGAGGAACAGGACGAUGAAUUCGAGGAAGAUCAUCUUGAAUGGUGA